AUGUUUUCCUCUGCAUGGAGCGUUGUGUCCACGUGCUGUAUCCGGAGACACUGGUCUCACCGGUGGCGUUUGGACGGAAAAGCGGAGCUCGGCGCCGAGUACGCAGAGACAGACGACGGCACACCUACGUCCCCAGUCGAGGAGCUACUUCACUUCCUUCCUUCGUUUUCCCCCGCAACUCUGAGUCCGCCUUCGAUCCCUCUUCCCGUCGCACUCGUCGUGUCUCGACGGCUCUUCCCUUUAGCGCGGUCGCAGCCGUCUCCCCUCUCCGGCUCGGACCCCAUCUUCCAGCUUCUUUGCGACCCGUCGGCCCCCCCGCUCCUCACGGCUCUCCGUUUCCUUUUUGUGGCAGCCGCAGCCGGGGGUAGGGUGAGACCCGCCUACUACGAUCGAUCGGGGAGAGAGCAUCUCUACCUUCUUCCGUUUUUUGAGGGCGAGGGAGAAGAGCCAGUCUACCUCUGCGUCUGCAACACCUCUGAAAGUUGCGCCGCGAGCCGCCUUGCUUCCUCAGCUUCGCUUGUAUCGGUCAGCGCCACCGGUUCCGCCAACGAGGAGCGCAGUGCGAGCCACGGGCGGAUUUUGAAGCACCGUCGCAGUCAAAGUUGUUUUUUCGUGGCCUCGGAGAGCCCCGCAACUGGGGAGCACGGGGUGUCCGGCAGUGGCGAACGAUCCAAAGCACAUAAAAUCAUUCCGACAUCUUCCGCCCACAGCCUCGAUGAGAAUGUCGCGGAGGUGCCCUUGGGGAAUGCCGAGGGCGAGGGUGAGGCGACCGAGAGAGGUGGGGACUCUGGCAACUUCAGGGGAAGUCGAAGCCGUGUCACCGAAGACCCUUGUUGUGCGAUAGAAAGCGAGAGAACUCUGGAAAAGCCGUUUUCUCCUCAGGCGUCAACGAUCCCAGGUUUGUCACUUUCUCACUCCGGAACCGACCAGUUCUUCGGUCCGCCGUGUCCGACCUGCGGUGGCCUCAGACUUCGGAAAGAGGCGUGGGAACAGCUCCUCUCAGCUGCUGUCUAUACGGUGGGAGUCCCCCUUCAGCUAGCGACAAGCGUUUUUGAGCACACUCGAGAGGCGCGAAGAACCCAGAGUCAGCAAUCGAUGUCUUGGUCCCGUUCCAGCUCGUCAUCUCUCCGGAGAUCCGUGAAGAAACGUCAGCGCCAUGUCGCCCUUCGUCUCCUCGAGGUUUUGAGUGCCGCCGCCAGGGCUGCAGGCAGGGAAGUCGAGGCGGCGGCCGCUCGAGCUGCGGCGUCCUCUCCGGCGAGUUUUUGUGUGAUUGGCGCGUUUUCCGACAAGUGGUUCUCGAAAUCUUUCCAGGUGAAAGAAGUCCUCAUUCUUCCUCCCGCAGCCGCCCUCAGCAUCGCCGAAACCCGUCGCUGCGCGGGGCUCUUUGGUAUCACGGGAGACGCCUUUGGACUCCGAAGUGAAGCCGCGACGACGAUCCAUUCGGCAGCUGAUGCUCUCGCCGCCGACCUCGCCCUCGCCUCAGCCAGCGGACCUGUGCAUGCAGAGGGACUGCUUCAUGGCGAAGGACUUGCAGGCGUCCCGGGGAGCUGCGGGCCUCACCCAGACUUGCCCGCGCUUCACAGAAACCUCGCAGCGAUGUCCCGAGCCCUGGACGAGCUUCAGAGAAGGCUGCCGUGUCAGUUCGUGAACCAGGAACAGGCGUUUGUCUGCAGAGCGCGCGGUGUCUGUCUCGGAGGCAUCGUGGCUGGAGUGGGACCUGAGGCGCAACAAGCGAGCGACGUGGUCGCCCUGAAAAUCCUCCAGGAUCUUCUGGUUCGGCUCCACGUCGCCCCGCCUCAAACCGACACUGUCCAGAGCAAGCCUUCUAUCCUAAGACGGCUGACCGCUGAUCGGCUUCAACAGAUUCUCUUGGACAGCAUGCGAGGUGUGGCGGCGAGCCUAGAACGUCCGCCGGCCUUCGCACCCCCGCAGCGAACCUCGUCGUCCUCUCUCGCCCCCAGUCUCCUCCCUCUUGUCUCUCUGUCGUUCUCGAAACCGCUGUCAUGGGAGACUCUGUCUGCGCCGACAGGUGACGCGUCCGGUUCUGCGCGAACCUUUGCAGAAGAGCAGACGGGGGGAAAAGAUGGGAGCCCACCACGGCCGCCUUUCAACAACUCCACGAGUGGGUGCGCGGCCAGCAUCUGCGUGGUCCAUGAAGCAUCCAAGCGGCUUCUAGUUUGCCAAGUCGGAGAUGUGACGGCGGUCCUGGCACGACCCGCAUGUAAGAAAACGCAUGCGCAGACGCGGCCGAGUAAGAUGGGGGAGGGGACGAGGUCGGCUACGCAGAGGGCCUCGUCGACUGAAGGCGGAAGGAGGGGAAGAGGCAGAAACGCUCAUCGAGAGAGAGGAAAAGAAAUACAUGACAGGUCGGCUCACAACGACGGCUCAAGGAUAAAAGACGAUUUGUCAGGAAGCAGUCCGCGCGGGCGGGCGGUCGAAAAAACGGAUCGGAUGUCUGCAGUUUCGUUCUCGAAAAGAGAAUCCAAAUGCCGAAGCAAGUCUGUGGCCUCGCAGACAGGAUCACCUGAUUUCUUCGGUCUCCUGGGGUAUUGCUCUGAGAUGGACAGAGAUGUUCUGAAUGCAGGCUUCUCGUUUGAAGCCGUUGUCCUAACACGAGAACACACUCUGAGGGAAGAGGAGGAACGCAAACGCAUCAUCAACGCAGGUAUCGUCCCGCUAGGCCACAUCAGCGAGGGCGCGUAUCCGUUUUCUUCUGGGGUAGACGGAGCUGGCUGUAGGCAUGUUCCAGCUCUCGAUUCUUCUCACUUGCUGGGUUCCAGUGUGGAAGGGUCGGAGGAAAAAGAAACAGGUGCAGGAGAGGAAAGAGGCUCCUUCUCUGCGUUGGGGAAGCGUGAGUGGCGGUCGAGACUCAGGGAGGGGAGGGCAAACGAAGCUGGGAAUCGAGCAUCAGAAGCCAAAGAUGCGCAGCUUCAUCACCAACUGCCUCAUCAGUGCCUACUUUCUGAAGGCCCGGCAUGCCUUUUCCUGUGUCCCGAUACCGACUGUCCCCCGCUUCGCUGUACGCGUCUGCUCGGAAUGGUGGCUGCUCAGCCGUUCGGCGUCUGCAGCACACCCGAUGUCACUUCUGUCAACAUAAGCAAUGUUUCGUCGUUCGGCUUCGUGGUGGUUGCCUCGGCAGUAAUCUGGGAUCUCUUGGAGCCUCAGGAAGCAGUCGACCUGGUGGCGUACGAACUGCGGAGGCAACACAUUGAGGCGCUUCGAAUCGCGCACGCGAGGCGGCGGCGCAUCGCCCGGCAGCAUCAGGCUUUCCUUCGCUUGGCUCGUCGAAAUCUGCACUUUCUGCAGGAUUCGGCUUUGCGUUCGCUUGACGACAGGAACCAGGAGACAGCAUGUUGGGCGGGAAGUUUCUUCGCGAUGCCGCGAGAUGUCCUCCGUCGUUUGUUCAGUUUUACGAUAGAUCCGUCGGCGCGGGCUCUGCUCCGGUCGCGUAGCGGCGAAUUCCUGCGUAUGGGCCUCUCUUCUCGACUUUGCUCGGGACAAGGAGGUGGACGCGAAGAGUCGUCGCUUGCAGCACUUCCCCAAGAAACGGACGACGGACGGCGGCCGCGGCGCGGCAGAAGUGUGAGUGCGGGAACUGUGCGUGAAGCUCAACAGUGGCAGGGGCAACCCUUGGUUUCGGACGGCCGUUUAAGAUCUGCUGGGGUACCAUCAGGUCAGAAUCGAUUCCCUUCAAGGGACGCAGAGCGCGUUGGAAGUCCUCGCCGAAAGGAAACAAACGAAGGGAGAGGAUAUCCAGCAGCGCGAGUCCGGGCACAGUCUCCCCAGCUGUCUUCCUCACGCUUUGCUCUUUCCCGGACUUUCACGUCAGGAAGCGUGGGGGCUCCAAGACGGUCUGUGAGUCAGGAAGAUUCUUUGCUACGAGAAGUUCGCCAGCGGGUCGACUCGGCCGCUGAAGCCGCAAUGUGUGACGUCGGCACAGCGCGGGCGAUCGCAGGUCUUUUUAGUGAGACAGGGGAGGGAGACGAGUCCGAAGGAGCAGAGCCGUUUCCCGUCGGUCUCGAUUUCCAGGCUGCUGCUACUCUCGUCGUCCAGCAGUUCAUGGAAGCGUGGCAGCUGCGUCGGGAAGGCAUCAGCAUGCCAGACGCCACCGUUCUCGUGAUUCCUUUUCGAGGCCCUUCGAGGGGACCACCCGACCCUCCAGCGGGCGAGAGAGACUCCGACCAGAACCGCAGAGACGCGCGGAGAACCAGAGAAAAAACACCGGAAACUCGGUCCCGGGGAAGCGAAGAGGAAAUGGUCACGCGAUAUCUCAGCGCAACGCGGAAGCGGGAGACUUAGGGAAUUCAUUAUUUCAGGGACAUGUGAACGUGCGUGCAAGAGUGAUGUCGUGGGUGUAGCUGCGUGAGUCACUGCGUCCGAGCGUAUCUUUUAUACUGUGCCUCGCCAUGCCGCCGUGAAUUCAAGACCUUCCGUAAGUGUCUCUCCUUGUUAAACAACGGAACCGAGGAAUGCGGCGAGAGGUAGCCGAGACCCUUGCCGUCGGUCGCCAGGAAAGUCAAGGAGAAAACUGUAGCGUGCGACUCAGCAUUCAGCUGCACCGGUUGAGAUACAUUGUCGGUAAACUUUAUCGGGUCAAACAAACCGGCAGCGGCAGAGUCCCGUGACCAGGAGGUACAGAAAUGAAAGGGCACGCGCGCGAUGACACAAGACGCAGUCGAUGGCAAGCGAAACGUACAAGACUGACGGGCGGCCUGCGUCAAAGCUUACGUCAAGACACGAGGAAUGGGUUGGCUCAACU